AUGUCUUCCACUGCAGGAAAGACCAUUACUUGCAAGGCCGCUGUCGCCUGGGAGGCCGGCCAGCCCUUGAGCAUCGAGGACAUCGAAGUUGCCCCGCCCAAGGCCCACGAGGUCCGUAUCGAAAUCUACCACACCGGUGUCUGCCACACAGAUGCCUACACUCUCUCUGGUAAGGACCCCGAGGGAGCCUUCCCCAUCGUCCUUGGUCAUGAGGGCGCCGGUAUCGUCGAGUCCGUCGGCGAGGGCGUCACAAACGUAAAGGUUGGCGACCACGUCGUCGCCCUCUACACACCAGAGUGCCAGGAGUGCAAGUUCUGCAAGUCAGGCAAGACCAACCUCUGCGGCAAGAUCCGUGCCACCCAGGGUAAGGGCGUCAUGCCCGACGGCACCUCGCGCUUUAAGUGCAAGGGCAAGGACCUGCUUCACUUCAUGGGCACCUCCACCUUCUCUCAGUUCACCGUCGUUGCCGACAUCUCAGUCGUUGCCGUCCAGCAGGAUGCUCCCAUGGACCGUACUUGCUUGUUGGGCUGCGGUAUCACCACCGGAUACGGCGCCGCCAGAAUUACCGCCAACGUCCAGGAGGGCGACAAUGUUGCCGUCUUCGGUGCCGGCUGCGUCGGUCUCUCCGUCGUUCAGGGUGCCGUCGUGAACAAGGCUGGCAAGAUUAUCGUCGUCGACGUUAACCCCAACAAGGAGGAGUGGUCGAGAAAGUUCGGCGCGACGGAUUUCGUCAACCCCACCCAGCUCGGAGACCAGUCCGUGGUUGACAAGCUCAUUGAGCUCACCGACGGCGGCUGCGACUUCACUUUCGACUGCACUGGUAACGUCAGCGUCAUGCGUGCUGCUCUCGAGGCUUGCCACAAGGGAUGGGGACAGAGCAUCAUCAUUGGUGUCGCUGCUGCUGGUCAGGAGAUUGCCACCCGUCCGUUCCAGCUCGUCACCGGUCGUGUCUGGAAGGGUUGCGCGUUCGGCGGUGUCAAGGGCCGCUCUCAGCUGCCCGGUCUCGUGCAGGACUACAUCAAGGGCGACCUCAAGGUGGACGAGUUCAUCACCCACAGGAAGACCCUGGGCGAGAUGAACAACGCCUUCGAGACCAUGAAGCAAGGCGACUGCAUCAGAGCCGUGGUCGACAUGCGCAAGUAA